GCGAGCGGGCAGCGCGGAGCCCGGCCGUGGGCGCGCGGGGGCGCGGGCCGUGCCGCAGCCCCCCAGCCGCCGGGGCCCGCGCCCCGCGCCCCCCAGACAUGGUGGGGCACCUGCCUCUGCGGGACAUGGAGGACAGCCUCAAGGAGAAGAGGCGCGAGGGCCUGCUGGACAGUCCGGACUCGGGGCUGCCCCCCAGCCCCAGCCCCAGCCCCAGCCCGCCCCUCUGCGCCCUGGAGGCGCGCGCGGGGGGCGCCGGACCCGGACGCGCCCGAGCGCCCCCGCCCCUGCCCCUGGCUCCGGGGCUGGAGAUGAGGCCCCGGAUGCUGCCAGUGUUCUUCGGAGAGAGAAUCGAGGUGAACCCAGCACCCACACAUGAGAUCCGAUGCAACUCGGAGGUCACCUACGCCUCGGAGAAGCACUUCCGGGACAAGGUCUUCUACGCACCGGUGCCCACGGUCACAGGCUACAGCGAGACCAUCGUGGCCGCCCCCAACUGCACGUGGCGCAGCUACCGCAGCCAGCUGACCCUGGAGCCGCGGCCACGCGCGCUGCACUUCUGCUGCACCACCAUCGUCUUCCCCAAGCGCGCCCGCAGCUCCUUCCGCACCACCCUGCGCUGCAGUCUGGGCCGGCCCAGCCGCCGCUUCACGGCCAGCGUCCAGCUGCAGCCGGAGCCGCGGCCGCUCUAGGGCGCCCCCUGCAGGACAGCCGUCGGCAAGCCUGGAGCGAGGGACAGUGGCCCCUGCGAGGACGCAGGCGUCCCCCCCACCGGCUGGAGGCCCCCCAGCCGGCUUCCCGGGAGGAGCAUGCGGGGCUUGGGGCUGCAUUCACGGGUCUUUCCGGUGUGUGGACAUGGAGCUGGGGACCGGGCACUGGGGCCACCUCCUGGCCCUGUCCUCACUCCCCGCCUGCCCCCCCACCUCCCAGCCCCAUUCCGGGCCCUAGAGCUCGGGGUCCAGCAACCCGUCCACACAGACCUUUGGGCCCGGACGCUCCAGUGGGGGCAAGUCUUCCUGCCCGCAGCCUCUGCUCCAGCCUUUCUGGACCGCGUGGGGGGCGUCCAGUGGCUGCUCUGUGGCAGAGCUGCCCUGGCAGUGAGGCCACUCGCACGCCCGUGUCACAGCGGGGAGCGCGUGGGGCCGCGGCACUCGGGGUGCAGCCCGGCACCGGCUCGUGCGAGGAGUCGCGGGGGUUCUGGCAAUAAAAGGUGC